CGCGCGGUUCUUCCGCGUUUUAUCGUUCGCUCGCCAACGACUUCCGCACGAUGACGAGACACACACACCCCAGCGUGGUGUAUAGCCGUUUUAAACGCUCGUUGGAUCGAUUUUUCCUCUGCCACCUGUGUACUGUCACACAGUCGACCGCACACUCAUACGUAUAGGAAGGUAAAAGUCGAAGCUAAUGGCAAGGUAAAGCGGAGCCUCGCAGUGCGCCGCGUAAUUCGACGGAGAGGAGCUGCGCGUCGAUGAAGAAUUCAACUUCCGCUCUACGCUCACGCACAAUUAAGGAUGCACUGGACUUAGUGCGUGAAUGAUUCACGUGUUUAUGUACGAUUUGUAAAACAAAAAAAGAAGCCACAUUUUUGCAUUUAUAACGCGAGUGUUAAGUUAUUACUUCAGCGUCGUCAUUAAAUUAAUUGCAAUUAGUGGAUUCUCGUAUCAUUCGAUAAUCAGUUUUACAGAUUUUUAUAAUACGGGAACAUGAGAUUGUAAUACUUAUCGCUCGUGUUCAUCGGGGUGGAAAAAUACUACACGUUUAUGACGUCAAGCCGUCGAGUACAACUCGGAUUCUUUAGAGAAAUGACACCCGUUUGAAAGUUGAAGAAGCGAAAGAUCGCUCGAGCAGAAUUUAGUGGGCGUCGGGAAAUGUUUUCUUUUUAUUAACGCGAAAGCUUUCCCCGAAACGCAUGUCACUGAUGUGAGGUAAAUUGUAAUAUAAAACUUAAUUUUUGAACGAUGAAAUUGAAGGGGAGCUUAAUUGAUAAAUUUAAUUCUCUAAGUGGUUUCAUCUGUCACAGAUCAAUGUAAUAGUUGUGUGUUGAUGUAAAUUAAUAGGGAAGAAAAUUUAUUCUGAUGGGAAAUAUGAUAAUGCUCGUCUGGCGACACGAGUAACGCGCGAAUAACUUUGAUAGCAAUUUAUAAGAUCCGAAAUCGAUAAAAUCGAUAAAAUGAAGUGGAAGAAAGGACCGUGCGAAUUUUUGUCGGAGAAAACAUUUCUCAUAAUAAAAGAUGACUUGAAGAUUUUGAAAGGUGCGACCAAGAAAACGAACGGGGGGAGGAUAACGCCGAGAAAUGCGGCGAACACCGGCACCUGGCCGCCCAAGAUGAAGCGCGCGAACGUGUCCCGCGCGGAGAUGCCAGAGAGGCCGAAGACGGCGAAUCUCUCGCGACCGAGCGUGCUGGACCCGACGCUCGUGGACAAGCUCGACAUGUCUCUUCUUAGUAAGGAGCUCUUGUGCGACUCGAUGACGCGAUUCCAUCAGUCGACUGCGAUUCCAUCGAACAAUGUUGACAAGUCGAUCAGCGGGGCGUCAUCAUCAUCAUCAUCAUCGUCAUCGUUGUUACUGGUACCAUCGUCGCCAUCGGCGACACGACGACGCCGCCGAAGCGCCGCUGCUGUCGCUGCCACGACGACGACGACCACCACUUGGUCGUUCCGCGAAGACGCUCUUCCAGUAACGCGUCGCCAGCGACGGAGCUUCGAGCAGAUUCGCGAGUCGCGGGUCGUCGCGUCGGAUCGUCAAAUGGAGGAGAUCGAUCGAUUGCGAUCGCCCACCGGAAGUCAAAAGAUCACGUCGUCCACAGCCGCCGCGACGCAGAACUCCGAUGUCAGGAAACUCGACGAUAAUAACAAUAGGAACGGUACUCUCAAAGUGCUGUCUACGGUGAAGAAGAAGAAGAAUUCGCGGGGCGGUUUGCCGAGCGACCUGGAAAUAUUCACCUCCGCCGCGUCGUCGGCGAGGAGCGCUCCGGAACCCUGCAAGACUUGCGGCCGUCCGGAUCAGCCGGAGAGAUUUCACAGUCAUCCGAAGGGCAGUCAGACCAAGAUCAAGGAUCUCCCGACGUUGACGAUGAAGCCGAAGCCCGCGGUGCCAUCGGUGCCCAAGUCUAUCCAGAAGCCGGUGGCGUUGAAUUUCCGCAGCGAUCGGAACAGAAACAAGCCGGACGAAGUCGAGACGAAGACGAACGCUUCUCAGGAUCGUCCUUCCCAGGACUCAGGCCAGCAGGCUAGGUCGUCGUCCGCGAUGAAACGGGGUCCCAAGACGGUCACGUGCUACAUUUGCGGCCGGGAAUUCGGCACCGCCAGUUUCCCCAUUCACGAGCCCAAGUGUAUGGAGAAAUGGGAUCGUGAGAAUAAUUCGCUACCUCCGUCUCAAAGACGACCCAGGCCGCAAAGACCUGUAGUCGGCGUCGAACACAGCGAUUGGAACGCAGCCGCAUGGGAACAGAGCCAGGAGCAAUUAAUUCCUUGUGCAAAAUGCGGAAGGACAUUUUUGCCGGAACGAUUACCAAUUCACGAGAGAAGCUGUAAAGCUGCUCCAAAGAACGAACGAGUAGCCACAGCGAAUAGACGUAGUGUUGUGCCACCAACUGUUCCUUGUCGGGUUUGUGGGCGAAAUUUUGGCACCAGAAGCAUCAAGAUUCAUGAGCCUCAGUGUAGUAGACGAUGGCAGAUGCAAAACGAUUCGGCGAGCGAGCAGAAAGAUCAGUUGACUCUCUAUAGACAAAAAUCGACCAGAAAGCAGGAAAAUUCACCGUCGAUGUAUCCGGAUGUAUCGCAAAAGAGGACUGUCACGUGUUACAUUUGUGGUAGAGAUUUCGGGUCCUCCAGUAUCGCCAUUCACGAACCGCAAUGUCUGAAGAAAUGGCAUGCCGAGAAUGACAAACUGUCACCAGCCCGCAGAAGAAAGGAGCCGCAAAAACCUGAAGUCAUAUACAUACAGGAUUCCUGCACGGGAAAUGUGGUGGUUGAUCAGGCGGCAACGGCGGAGGCCAAUUGGAUGACGCAUCUGAGCCAGCUGGUGCCGUGUAAGCGUUGUGGAAGAACCUUUAAUCCGGACCGCGUGAACAUUCACGAGAAUAGCUGUAAAGGGAAUCGUUGAGAGUCCAUUACACUACGAUUUGCUCCUUACUUAAUUUUAGAAUUUUUCGAUUCCACGGGUGAACGUAGAUCUAACUGUGAACAAGCGAUAGAAUAUUUAACAAAUCGCUACAUCCUUUUUUUUUAGAAGUGACUUUCAUCUUAUUAUUUUUUAGAAGUGACUUUCAUCUCUCUUUGUUUUUAUACGAAGACUAAAUAUUACAAUACUAGUUCGCAACUUUUGUAAUAGUAGAGUGUUUAUAUGGAUUUGCUUGCAGUUCUACUUAACUUACUUUUAUUUAGGUUUGCAUUACAUAAUUCGGGUUAACGAUUCCUCUUGUUUUCUCGUUUAAAAGUGAGUAAAUGCAGU